CCAAAUGAAAAAGAAUAGCUAUGUGACUCUAGCUUCUUUUGAAGAAUCCCUUAAGAUACUAAACUUUUUUUCCUUCAGCUAGCUAUAGACCAAGCCUGAAAUUUUAGAUAGAGCCAGCCAUGUCACAAUAUGGUUCGAGACUAAUUGUGCCUAUAGAUGUGAAGAAAAAGCCAUGGGAACAGAAACUCCCUCUUCACAACCGAUGGCACCCAGACAUACCUCCGGUUGCUGAGGUUAAAGUAGGAGAGGCUUUUAGAGUAGAGAUGGUGGACUUCAGUGGAGGAGGUAUAACACAGGACUAUACUGCAGAGGACAUCAAGCAUGCUGAACCAUCUAUUGUACAUUACCUCAGCGGGCCGAUUAGGGUUGUGGACGAGGAUGGGACACCGGCCAAGCCGGGCGAUCUUCUGGUAGUUGAAAUAUUGAACUUGGGUCCUCUUCCUGGAGAUGAAUGGGGUUAUACAGCAACAUUUGACAGAGAAAAUGGAGGUGGUUUUCUGACUGACCAUUUUCCUUGUGCAACCAAAGCGAUUUGGUACUUUGAAGGAAUAUAUGCCUACUCUCCUCACAUACCAGGAGUACGAUUUCCAGGCUUAACUCACCCUGGAAUCAUUGGAACUGCACCAUCAUUGGAACUGCUCAACAUAUGGAACGAGAGGGAAAGAGAGCUUGAAGAAAAUGGGCUCCAAACGCUCAAACUAUGUGAGGUUUUGCACUCACGACCAUUAGCAAACCUACCAACAACCAGAGGCUGUGUCCUUGGAAAGAUUGAAAAGGGCACUCCAGAAUGGGAAAAGAUUGCUAGGGAGGCUGCGAGAACAAUUCCAGGAAGAGAAAAUGGUGGAAAUUGUGACAUCAAAAAUCUCAGUAGAGGUUCAAAGAUAUACCUUCCGGUAUUUGUGGAUGGAGCAAAUUUCAGUACCGGUGACAUGCACUUCUCUCAGGGGGAUGGUGAAGUCUCAUUCUGUGGGGCAAUUGAGAUGAGUGGUUUCCUAGAACUCAAGUGUGACAUUAUAAGGGGUGGAAUGAAAGAAUACCUUACACCAAUGGGUCCCACCCCUCUUCAUGUAAACCCAAUCUUUGAGAUAGGCCCUGUUGAGCCUAGAUUCUCAGAAUGGUUGGUAUUUGAGGGCAUCAGUGUUGAUGAGAGUGGGAGGCAACACUACCUUGAUGCAAGUGUUGCUUAUAAGCGAGCCGUACUCAAUGCCAUCGACUACCUCUCCAAAUUUGGGUACUCCAAAGAACAGGUCUAUCUUCUGCUGUCAUGCUGCCCAUGUGAAGGAAGAAUAUCUGGAAUAGUUGAUUCCCCCAAUGCUUGUGCUACCCUAGCAAUCCCAACAGCUAUCUUUGACCAGGAUAUUCGUCCCAAAAACAAGAAGGUUCCAGUUGGGCCCCGGCUAGUGAGGAAACCAGAUGUCCUAAAAUGCACUUACGAUGGAAAUUUGCCGAUCACAAAAAAUCCAAGCACCUCAACAUAAAUCCUACAAGCCUUGAUCUGCUAAGUCAAGGAAACACAGGGGGUCACAAUUUCAAUGCCAACUAGGCAUUUAUCUAUAUCUAUUACCUGUAAUAAGAAAGAAUGGAGGUAUUGUUCUCCUUUAUUCAAAAAUACUGUUCAUCAGCACUGUCUUAUUGUGUACCAGUUCUACCCUUAUCAAGUUUAUCACCAUAUUAUUAUA